CUCCUCUUCAUCGACUUUUUGGGUCGCCGAGCAGACGAGGCCGACGCUUCUGGAGUUCUGCAUCUCUCCUCCUCUCCUCUGUGCUUCUCUCUCCAUCUCUCUUCGCGUUCUCGUUCUCGUUCUCGUUCUGUUCAUUUCAAGUUCUGAAAAGAUGUCUGGGGGAGGUACACAAAAUAGCUUGAGGAAAGCUUUAGGAGCUAUCAAGGACACCACUACAGUUGGAUUGGCUAAAGUUAACAGCGACUACAAGGAGUUGGACAUUGCCAUUGUGAAGGCCACAAACCAUGUUGAACGCCCCGCUAAAGAAAAACACAUUAGGGCUGUCUUUGCUGCAGUUUCGGCUACAAUGCCUCGAGCAGAUGUGGCUUACUGCAUCCAUGCUCUUGCUAGACGUCUUGCCAAAACACAUACUUGGGCGGUGGCAUUGAAAACAUUAAUCUUGAUACAUCGUGCUCUAAGGGAAGUGGAUGCUACCUUCCGUGAAGAACUCAUUAAUUAUGGAAGGAGCAAAAACCAUAUGCUCAACUUGGCUCAUUUUAAAGAUGAUUCCAGUCCAAAUGCAUGGGAUUAUUCUGCAUUUGUCCGCACAUAUGCUUUAUUCUUAGAGGAGAAGCUGGAAUGCUACCGUAUCUUGACGUACGAUGUUGAGACAGAUCGCCCGAGAACCAAGGAACUGGACACUGCCGAAUUGCUUGAGCAGUUGCCAGCUUUACAACAGCUUCUGCAUCGUGUUCUUGGCUGCCAGCCGCAAGGAGCAGCAGUUUACAAUUUCAUCAUUCAGUUGGCAGUUUCAAUGGUAGCUGCAGAGAGCAUUAAGAUUUAUCAGGCUAUAAGUGAUGGUACAGUUAAUAUGAUUGACAAGUUCUUUGAAAUGCCACGCCAUGAUGCUGUUCGGGCUCUUGAGAUAUACAGAAGGGCUGGUCAGCAGGCAGAGAGACUGUCAGAGUUUUAUGAAAUAUGUAAAAGUCUUGAUCUUGGGCGUGGAGAAAGGUUUAUCAAGAUUGAACAGCCACCAGCAUCAUUUUUAACAGCCAUGGAGGAGUAUGUCAGAGAUGCUCCUCUAGCUUCGUCAGUUCGGAAGGAUCAGCAGGUGGUUGAAAAAAUUACUGGCCCCACGGUGGUCCUGGCCAUAGAAUAUAAGAAAACCCCAGAAAUGCAGGAAGAAUGCCCACCAAUCUCCUCCCCACCUCCGCCUCCACCUGAACCUGAACCUGAAGAACCUGUUAAAGUGGAGGCUCCUGUUUCAGAACCACCUGAUCUGUUGCAGCAUUUGGAUGAUCCUGUCCCAGCUGCAUUGGAACUUGAUGAGAAGAAUGCCCUGGCUCUGGCUAUUGUUCCAGUUGCUGAUUCAUCAACAAAUUUUCCUUCUGGUCCUGAUUAUGCAAAUGGAGCUUCAGGCUGGGAGUUGGCACUUGUAACUGCUUCAAGCUCAAAUGAGAGUGCCACAGCUGCAAGCAAACUGGCGGGAGGGCUGGACAAGCUUACAUUGGACAGCUUAUAUGAUGACGCACUUAGGAGAAAUACCCAGAAUGUGAGCUAUAACCCAUGGGAGCCGGUACCCAUGGCUAGUCCUAUGAUGCAACAACCAGCACAUGACCCAUUCCUGGCCUCCAGCACUGUGGCAGCACCCCAUUCUGUUCAGAUGGCAGCAAUGGCCCAGCAACAGCAAGCUUUCAUGUUGCAGCAACAGAUGAUGAUGAUGGGUCCACAACAACAACAGCCUUUAAAUCCUUUUGGUAAUCCAUAUGGCGCUGCAAGCCAGCAGUAUGGGUCUAAUACGCAUGUUCAAGCUUACAAUCCAUACACAGGCCGUAUGUAGGAAAUAGGGACCAGUAGCCACUUGUUUUGCCUGAGAGCAUGAGAAGUAUAGAUGGAAAUGAAGGACAAGCAGGUGAGAUUUGGGGGUUUUAGAGGCUGGUAGAGUACUGGUUUCUGGACGGAUGUACCAUAUGUUUGUGUAUGUGCAGUUACUACCAUGAUAAUGUUUAGGUAAUUUUUAGGGAGUGAAGGUUUAGGUUAUUGAUUAUUUUUGUGGGGGAAUGAUUUCUAAUAAUGCUUUGGAGAUAAUGUGAAGAUUUGACCUGCAUUUUAUGUUCAGGUUGGAAGCUCAAUUCUUGUUCUCUUUAGUGGAAACUUUGAAGGCUGUAUACCAUUUGUAAUUGUGUUAUUGUUAUCAGUUACAUAUGAAGAGAUCAAGGAAACAUUUUGAUUCUUUCA